AUGGUUUAUCUAUUCCUAAGGGCAGAUUCGCAGCAUGACUCGCCCAUUAAUAAUGACCCUGAACGGGCGAAACGCCGUCGUAAACUGCUUGGCCCGGGGACACCCGACGUUUCACCCGCCGCCAGUGAUACAGAAGCGACUGACACUGAAAUGAGCAAUGAUCUGGUGCGGGCCACUCAACUCAACCGUGUACGGGAUGGGCUUGGGCCUGUACCGCACCGAGGAAUAGGAACUGCGGUGACAAACGGCAGACCAGAGCACUCGUAUAUGAGGUGA